GGGCCAUCUAAGAUUACCCGCCGCCUAGACCGUUACUUUACCCCGAAGUUCUUCGUGAGCAGCAACAUCGUGGUUAUUAAUAUCGUGAGCACUUUACUAACGUACUCAAUGCCUCUAGACCAGAUUCCAGUGUCUGGUGUGCUCUCAGCCGACGACUCGCCGCAUCUCCAACGGGCAAACAGCGCUAUCGACGACGGCCCUCUCUUCGACGAUGACCUUGACCGCUAUGAAUCUACUGCUCACAGCGGGUCUCAGGCAUACGACAGCGACCGCUACUUUGAUCAUGGUACUCUUGAGGAUGACGUAAGAGCUGCAAAACCGGAUGACGAUGAAUCUGGAUCCAUAGUAGACGAACAUUCCAAGACAAUUUUGCUACCUCGCGACAAACGAUUCAAAACUGCCCUAUAUGAUCACAUGUCAGAGAAACAGGUGGGACAUGCCGAAGCAAAGCUCUUCUAUCAGCGUCAUCGACUGGAAAGUCAAUAUACAGGUGGUAGUGCUUGGUCGCAAGACGGGACGAGUCCCGUCAUUCGCGCAAAGACGUUCCCAGCUAAUUGUGGCGAUGAUCACGGUCAUGCAGACAGCCUCAGAUCUCAGCCAAGCACACAAAGCUUAGCACAUAGUGUCUCGAAUUAUAGAUCUGCAUUGCCGUUAGACGUUGCCAGGAGUGACCGAUUCGGUAUCGAUGUUCAAGCAGGUGGUGUCGAUUCCACUCUUGACGGCCCUUCUGGACGUUCGCUAUGGCACGAGAAUGGACCAUCGAUACGUGUAGAAGCCCACGCUCGCGACCAUGCUCAUCAUUCAGCACUCCCUCACGAGCACAAGCUAAUGCUGGGCACUGAGGGUAUCCACGGCGCAGGUGCUGGUGUAGGUAUCGGCAAUGGUCCCUUGGGCUUCGCCAGUGAUGACUCCACUGUUACUGCCGAAUUGAGUCAAGUGUUCACGAACAUUCAGCAAGUCCUUGAUCUCCGUCAUAAGUACAUGAGAUUGUCUCUACAGCGCUCAUUCGACAAUCCAAAGGAUGACCCAGGUUGGCAAAUCUAUCCACCCCACCCAGAACCCGUGUGGGAUGGUGUCAAAGGACGGUCGGGAACCAAUGCGUUGAAUAGCAUGUCGAACAGCGUGAGUCUAGACGAGCCACAGAAGUCAAAGCCUUCAAGAAAAAUAGGCUUUGACAUUGGUGAAGAUUUCGAAUUAGAAGACUGCAAGCCAUUUCCAGGCCCAUCAGAGAUGAUGUUCCGUAUGGAUGCAGGCAGCGUCUACCAAGUAUACGAGAAUUCGAAGUCAGCAGAACUCGAUAGCCCAAUCAUACACAUACCAACUUUGCGCGAAUACUACAUGGAUCUCGAUCAAAUUCUGCAUAUAUCCUCUGAGGGCGCGAACAAAAGCUACGCUUAUCGUCGCCUUUCGUACCUGGAAGGCAAAUUUCACUUAUACUCGCUCGUGAACGAAUAUCAGGAGGUUGCAGACAGCAAGAAAGUACCACACAGAGACUUUUAUAACGUCCGAAAAGUUGAUACCCAUGUCCAUCACUCCGCUUGCAUGAAUCAGAAACAUCUGCUUCGCUUUAUUAAAUCAAAAAUGAAGAAAUCUCCAGAUGAGAUCGUGCUACACAGAGACGGGAAGCACCUCACUCUCAAAGAAGUGUUUGAAAGUAUAAACUUGACUGCGUAUGAUCUUAGCAUUGAUACUUUGGACAUGCAUGCACAUACGGACAGCUUCCACCGUUUUGAUAAAUUCAAUCUUAAGUACAACCCUAUUGGUGAAUCACGUCUGCGUACCAUCUUCCUAAAAACGGAUAAUCUGAUCAAAGGACGUUAUCUCGCCGAGAUCACCAAGGAGGUCAUAUCAGAUUUGGAGGCAAGUAAGUAUCAGAUGGUUGAAUGGCGCAUUUCAAUCUACGGCCGUGCGCCAGACGAGUGGGACAAGCUUGCGGCUUGGGUUGUCGAUAACAAGUUGUUCUCCCCCAAUGUGCGUUGGCUGAUACAAAUCCCGCGGCUCUACGACGUGUACAAAUCGACUAGAUUGAUGGAGGACUUCCAACAAGUCAUUGUGAACAUCUUUAAGCCUCUCUUCGAAGUCACCAAGGAGCCAGAAAGUCACCCUAAACUACAUAUAUUCCUGCAGCGUGUAAUCGGCUUCGACAGUGUUGACGAUGAAAGCAAACCUGAGCGUCGACUUUACAAGAAGUUUCCAGCGCCAUCAGAGUGGAAUACCAGCCAGAAUCCACCAUACAGUUAUUGGAUCUAUUUCCUUUUCGCGAAUAUCGCAUCGCUCAAUGUUUGGCGGAAGCAGAGAGGGUUCAAUACUUUCCUGUUACGACCGCACUGUGGAGAAGCUGGCGAUACAGACCAUUUGGCAGCAGCUACCAUAUGCUGUCAUAGCAUCAGCCAUGGCCUUCUGCUCAGAAAAGUACCUUUUUUGCAAUACAUAUUCUAUCUGGAUCAAAUUGGGAUCGCCAUGUCUCCCCUCAGUAACAAUGCUCUAUUCCUUGCGUAUGAAAGGAAUCCUUUUCACUCAUACUUCAAAAGGGGACUCAACGUGUCUCUAUCUACGGAUGACCCUCUUCAGUUCGCUUUCACGAAGGAGCCUUUGAUCGAAGAAUACUCCGUCGCAGCCCAGAUCUAUAAGUUGAGUGCUGUUGAUAUGUGCGAGUUGGCAAAGCACUCAGUUGAACAGAGUGGUUUUGAGCACAUCAUCAAGCAACGCUGGUUGGGCAGCAACUAUCAUCUUCCAGGGGUACUUGGUAAUGAUGUUGCGAAAGUGAAUGUCCCUCAGAUACGCGAAGCCUACCGGCACGAAACUUUGAUGCAGGAGUUUGCGAUGAUCAAUCGAUACAGCAUACACAAGAGCGACACCCUCACAGCAGCCGCGCUACCUCAGUCCCCUCCUCUCAGCCAGACGCCACAAUCACCCACUAUCUCGAUGCAUAACAAUCCUUCCGCAAAUGUCCCGGCUGAUAGUUCACUAUCACAAUUCGUCAAUCUACCCCCAAGCUCAUACAAUGCUCCCCUUGCCCAGGUGCAAGCUGCACGCAUGAAUCAUACUAUACCUUUGGCUGAAGUUCACAAUACUACAAACUCGCCGAAGUCUCCACAGAGCGCUACCUAUCAGCACAACCGCCUUGAUCGUUCAUCGACAGUGGUCUUACCCACGCUAUCAUCGGACAUCGGUAUGCCUGUCCCGUCUCGUUUGGACGGCACUGAGCCACGCAUGUUUCCAGGUGUGGUAAGCAGGCAUCGCAAGAGUAGCGCACAACAAACUUCCAGUGGAGCACUACCCAAUCGAGAUGGAGACUGCCAUGGUGCUAUAACUUCUCCGAACGGGUCUCUGGACGACGAAUGUGUCGUUCCAGACGACUAGGCCCUAUGAUGACCCGAAUCCCUGCCUGGUAUUACCGCUUUUCGUCAUUUGGGUGGGCAAUUAUCCCCUCCUAUGUCCUGUAGUAUAAAAGGUAUAGUUUAGUCUAUUAAAUGUACUUAAUAGAUUACUAGUCUACGAGAAUAUAUAGAAAUGUAAAUAAGUACUUAUAUACUAAUAUAGUCU